GCAAAUAGCAAAACUAAAAUGUAAAGUUAAAGAAAACGCCUUUGGACUUAACCCCAAUUGUUGACAACUGUCAGAUGAAAAUAAUAUUGAUUAAAAUUUUGUUUUGAUGUUGAUGGAAUGUAAAAAAAUAUUUAGCAUUUAAAAUGUGGGUUCCAACAAAAAAUAAAAAAUAUGGAGUGGCCAUAUACAAUUGGAAAGGUGAUGUGCGAUGUGGAAUUACACUAGAAAUAGGUGAUACUGUACAAAUCCUUGAAGAAUGUCAAGGGUGGUACAGAGGUUUUUGUUCAAAAAACCGUUCUUCCAAAGGAAUAUUUCCUCAAAAUUAUAUAUAUUUAAAGCCUUGCAAAGUAGACAACGAAGGACUUUUUGAAAGUAUUAUUCCCCUAGAAGAUCCAGUUGUUCGAGAAAUCACCCUAGUAUUACGAGAAUGGGGACAAAUAUGGAAAGACAUUUAUGUUGAAAGAAAUAAUUACAAAUUUGAUACAAUUGGUAAGGUAAUGCGAGAUUUACUGGAAUGGCGACGACAACUGAUCUCAGGAACAAUAACUUCGGAUCAAAUAAAAGAGCUUAAACUUCAAAUUAUUAAAAAAAUUGACUGGGGAAACAGGAAAUUAGGCUUGGAUUUAGUGCCUCGAAUAGGUUCAAAAAUGGUAGAGCCAGAUUCAAUGUCCAUAGUUGAAUUAUAUCAUGUUCAUGUUUUAAGUUCAGAAAAUUCUCAGGGAAUGUCUGCUCAAGGACUGCUUUACAAAAAGGAGAAAAAUACAACCUUGACGCAUCAUAUGUAUUUUUGUAUGAGGGAUUUUGGACAUCAUAUUGGAGAGGACACCGAAAUAUAUUUUUCUCUUUAUGACUCGUUUAAACAAAAGUUUAUAACAGAACGUUUUUUAGUAAAAAUAUCUAAGGAAGGCUUUUCAAAUUAUGUUGAUAAAUUACACAGUAAUUGUACCGUAUUUACUGAUUUAGGCAACUCAGAUAUGACAAAAGAUUUGUAUAUAGUAGCACAAGUAAUGAGAGUUGGAAAAAUGCUUUAUUCAGAUAAUUCUAAAAAGACAGAUAAAACUAUUACGCAAUAUCAAGCAUUUAAAAGGCCGCAUGGGGUGGCUAUUCAAAAUCUUGGUGAUUUGUUUAACAAUAAAGAAGAAACCGAGGAAAAAGAGUUUAGUUUAAAGGUAUAUCAGUGUGAAGAAAAAGAUUUUUUUCAACUUCAUGAAUUUAUCAUAAAACAAACUGGAAAAUACAAUGCUUUAUCGGGCCCAAUAAACUAUGGUAUAAUGAUAUCUUUAAAAAUAUUUCAUGGAAAUUUGUCAACCCUUCGCGAAGAAAAUCCAAUUCUAUUUAAAAAUGGACGAUUUACAAAAAAAUUAGGUUUUCCAGAUGUAAUUAUGCCUGGGGAUGUAAGAAAUGACUUAUAUAUUAUAUUAGAUAAAGGAGACUUUGAAAGGGGUGGUAAAUCAACCAGUAAAAAUAUUGAAGUUACUAUUGUCAUAAUUGAUAGUGAAAAAAAUAUCGUUAAGAAUUGUUUAUGGGGAGCUUCCAGUUUAGAUGGAGGUUCAGAAUACAACUCAAUGAUAAUUUAUCAUCAUAAUUCUCCAGUAUGGUUAGAGACUAUAAGAUUAUCUCUUCCAACUGAUAAAUUUGCAGGGGCUCAUGUUCGAUUUGAAUAUAGGCAUUGUUCAACUCGUGAAAAAAAUGAUAAAAAACUGUUUGGUUUUUCGUUUAUGAGACUUAUGGAUAAAGAAGGUGCUGCAGUUCAGGAUGCAUAUCAUGAAUUAUAUAUUUAUAAGUGUGAGGAUACUCAAAAAUUAAGUAAUUGUGGUUAUUUAUCUUUACCGACAAAUGCCAAAGAUAUGGAAGGAAAUCACGAAAUAAGCGGACAAUUUUCUAGAAGUCACAAAGAAGUAAUAUUUGUUAAGACAUUACUUUGUUCUACCAAACUUACUCAAAAUGUUGAUUUAUUGGCAUUAUUACGGUGGAAAUCCCAUCCGGAAAGAAUACAAGAAUCACUUCAACGAGUGUUAAGAUUAGGAGAUGAAGAGCUUGUUAAAUUUUUACAGGACGUGCUUGAUGCUUUAUUUGCUCUAUUUUCUACAGAGGAUGGAAACUCUACUGCAUAUAGUGGUUUGGUAUUUCAUGUUUUGGUAUCUAUUUUUAACUUAUUAGAUGGUUCAAAAUAUCAACAUUUUAAACCUGUCUUAGAUGCCUACAUAAAAAAUCAUUUUGCUGCUGCCUUGGUUUAUAAGGGCUUGUUAACAAGUGUUCAACAUUGCGCUGAUUAUAUUGUUCAAUUCGAAAAGCAGGAGCCAAUACAAAAAUGCUUUAAAAGUUUGGAAUAUAUAUUUAAAUUAAUUAUUCAAAGUAGGUUACUAUUUUCUAAAGCUACAGGGGGGCAUUUUGAAGAUAGUUUUAGAAGGGACUUAUAUAGUGUAUUUUCUUCAUUAUCCAAGAUGUUGAAAUUUAAUGACAGCCACAUUAUAAAUUCACAGAUUGCACUGCUCUUAUCUAUCAGCUCUGUAUAUGAACAACUUACGGAUGUUUUGCCUCUUAUUGAAGUUGCCAAAUUAGCUGGUUCUAUGUUGGAUAAUUUACCAGAAGAUUUAUCUCCUCUUCUGGUACAAUCCAAAUUGUCUUGUAUUAAAAACUUGGUUAAUGGAAAACUAUUUCAAGAAGAUGAAUCAAGAAGUGUUGUUUUGGAAAUGACAUGUAAACAUUUAAACUAUCAUUUAAUAAAACAUGAUGAACCUAAAUUAUGCACUGAAGUAUUAAGUGAUAUACUCAGUUUUUUGUAUAAACAACGUAAAGAAAUUGAUGAACCUGGUAAAAUAAAUAAUUGUAUUCAUCAUGAUGUUGAAAUACUUUGCACAUCAUUACUGGAAGUUUUAAUUCAAAAUAUUUUGUCAGUAAUUGACAAAGAAGAUAAAGUUAUGAAUUGUUUAUUGGCUUGCCUUAUUGGAAUUCUACAGCUUUUGGAUGAAUUUCACUAUAAAAUACUCUGGGAAUUAUUACUUGGGCCCCACCAGGAUAAAAAACCUUUAAGAGACCUACUAAUAAGAGUUUUCAUAGUAUUUACAAAUCUAAUUAAAAUAAAUAUAUUUUCCCAGGAUUGGCUAGUUCUUAAAAUGUUAACAAAUAAUAUAAUUUUAAAAGCAUCUCAGGAGUUUGCACAACCCUUGGCCUUUAAGUUUUUGGAUAGCAGAUCUGGGUAUUUAGAUAUAGAGUUAUGGACUAAUUACUUUAAUCUUGCUGUUAACUAUUUAACACAACCUUCACUGCAACUUGAACAGUUUUCUGAUGUAAAAAGAGAAAAAAUUAUUGAGAAAUAUGGAGACAUGAGAGUUUUAAUGGGAUUUCAAAUAUUAUCAAUGUGGUCCCAAUUGGGUGACUGUAAAAUUAAUUUUAUUCCAUCCAUGGUGGGUCCAUUUCUUGAAGUAACUCUUGUCCCGGAAAUUGAACUUCGAAAGGCAACUUUUCAUAUAUUCUUUGAUAUGAUGGAAUGUGAACAAAAAGCAAGAGGAAAUUUUAAACAAGUAGAAAGUGAAUUGAUAGAUAAGUUGGACAUUUUAAUUUCAGAAAAUAAAGGCGAUGAUGAGUACCGGCGGUUAUUUAAUACUAUGCUACUAGAUCGAGUACAAGUGGAAGAACCAUCAUGGAAAGAAAGUGGAGCAGCGUUUAUAAGUUCAGUGACACGAUUAUUGGAAAGACUUCUUGAUUACAGAAGUGUAAUUCAAGGAGACGAUAAUCGCGAUAAAAGAAUGUCUUGUACAUUCAAUCUUUUGAACUUUUACAAAAAUGAGUUUAAUAGAAAGGAAAUGUAUUUAAGGUACAUUUAUAAAUUACAUAAUUUACAUUGUUCUGCUGAAAAUUAUACUGAAGCAGCAUUUACAAUGAAAUUAUAUGCAGAUCAACUGCAAUGGAAUUCAUCUAAUUAUGUAUUGGACCCACAUUUUCCAAAUUAUAAGGAAUAUCAAGUAAAGGAACAGUUAUAUAGACAAAUUAUAAAUAAUUUUGAUAAAGGAAAAUGUUGGGAAAAAGGAAUUCCAUUACUGAAGGAACUAGCACAUCAAUAUGAAACAGUAUUUUUUGAUUAUAAAGCUUUAAGUGAUAUACUUAAGACGCAAGCCAAAUUUUACGAUAAUAUUUUGAUACAACUCCGCCCAGAACCAGAAUAUUUUAAAGUUGGCUUCUAUGGCCUUAGUUGUCCUUUGUUUGUUCGGAACAAACAAUUUGUGUAUAGAGGACUAGAAUACGAAAAAAUGAGUGCCUUCACACAAAGGUUACAAACUGAAUUUCCAAAUGCUCAAAUAAUGACCAAAAAUACACCUCCUGAUGAUAGUAUUAUUAACUCUGAAGCACAAUAUAUUCAAAUAACCAAUGUUAAACCCAUACCAAAAGAAAACCUAAUUACCCAGGCUAUUGAUAUCCCAGAUAAGAUUUCGAGAUAUUAUUAUUACAACGAUGUAAAAAAGUUUUAUUGUGAUAGGCCUAUACAUAAAGGUAUAAUUGAUAAAGAAAAUGAAAUAAAAACUCUUUGGAUUGAAAGAACAGUAUUAGAAAUUACAAAUACAUUGCCUGGGAUUCUUAGAUGGUUUGAAGUAACAAAUCGUCAAAUUGAAGAAAUUCCGCCUGUGAAAUAUGCAUGUGAAACUAUGCAAAAUGUAGAAAAAGAAUUAAAACAGCUUAUAAAAAUUUAUACAUUAGAACCAAAAAGAAAUUUAAAUCCAUUUACAAUGAGACUUCAAGGUAUAAUAGAUGCAAAUGUCCAAGGAGGGAUAAGCAAAUAUCAACAAGCAUUCUUUACUAGUGAGUUUGAAAAAAUAUUUCCAGAACAUAUGAUGUACGUUUCCAUUUUAAAGGAAUUGAUAUUAAAUGCUACAAGGGUUAUUAAGGAGGGUUUAAGAUUACAUGGAAAAUUGGCUAAUUCAGGAGUUCAACCACUACACGAAAGGCUUAUUGAAAGAUUUGGACAGCUUUGUGAAAGCUUAGGUUCCAUAAAACCUGUUAACACUGCCUCCUCAUAUUAUAUGUCAUCUGCAGAAGCAGAUAAAGGUUUUGAGCCAGAAUAUAACUGCAAGUCUUCAUUAUGUUCAACCUAUAGUCUUCUCUCAGAACAUCAUUCAGAUUAUGAUAAUAUUGUUACAAGAUCGAAUACGGAAAGACAAAAUUUAGUUCGGGAAAAUUUAACAUUGCCUAUGCUUGAAAGUGUAGCUCCACCUGUUCCACAAAGAGAUCCAAGACCAUUAUCAAACUGUUCAAAUUUUACCGAUAGCAAAACUCCUACAAGAUCUUCCAUAGAAUAUAAUUCAUUUAGCCUACCAUCAAUAAAAUCCAGAGAUGCUGUAGAUAUAUUUCUACCUCCGAAACCUACUCAUUCGAGAGAACACUCUUUACAAAAACCGCCUUCACCAAAAAUACUAAAUCAUUUAAUAUCAACGACCUAUACGGAAACCUCUUCGCCCUUAAGAGAUUCUUGGUCAGAAUUUACAACCGAUGGGGCUCCUCCUUUACCACCAAGAUCUCAUACACCUGAUAAACGAUUGGUAAACUUUUUUAAUGAUCAACCACCUAGUAUUCCGAGAAGAGGACAAAUAAGAACAAGUUCCAUUAAUAAGGAUAAUAUGAAAUUUGAUUUUACUUUAGAAAAUGCUACUGCUGAAAAACCAUACAAUGAACCUAAAGUCAUUAAUAGCUUAGAAAAACAAGCAGAUUUAAAGAAUUUAUUAAAAUAUGAUAAUGCUGAAAAACUGAAUUUUCAAACUGAGAAUCCAGGAAGUACCGAGAGUAUUCAAGAUAUUGAUAAUCCUCCACCAAUACCUAUAAAGUUAAAUAAAACAACGCCAUUAACUGAAGUUAAUUCGUUAGAAACGGUCGAAAUAAGUUUGGAUAAAACAUCUCAAGACAUUUAAUUUUAGUAUUUAUAUGUAUUUAGUGUAUGUAAAAAUGUAUGUUUAUUGCUCAAUUAAAUAUUCCAAUCUAGUC